GCCCCACGCGGUCUCGCCUUCCACAUUCACCAGCACGUACGCGUCUCCUUUUUAUGGCCCCCGCGCCACACCUGGGAACAUGAAAUCUGACGGCGCGCGGGCAGGGCGCGCGGCUGGAACGCGGCGGCAAGAGCGCGGGGCCACCACUACCACCGCCGACUGCAUCCCUGGAUGAGCACAGGGCAGCACAAGCUUAGGACGGAGAGCUUCGGCGGCGGCGGCGGCAGCAAGGUCGGUCCUCUCCUCCUCUUCUCCCGCAUUCACGUCCUGCUCCCGCUGCCGAAGCAUGGUCGACGCCAUGGCUCUGUUCGAGACCGUCGCGAGGAUCGCAACAGGAUUGGUGCCUCGCCUCGGUGUUUUUUCCAAUGACCGAUGAUGAGUCGUUUUCACCAGGUGAAAGAAACAUCCAGUGCAAGAAGCAGCAGCAGCAGCCGCUCCGCUCCCCGUUCUUCAGACGGGGCGCGCGAGCGAACAUGCAGAGCCAGGCCUCCGGGCCCGGACCCGGGCGAGCCCCGGCGAAAAGGAAGCAGCGAAGGCCGGCCGGCCGCGGGGCCACCGAGGGCGGCGACGACGACGACGAGCGGAGGAGGAAGGUCCGCGGCCUGCUGCGGGACUUCUUGGAGCAGCAGCUCCGCCUGGACGUGCAGCGGCAGGAGGUGAUGGAGAGGCAGGCGCGGGAGCGGCUCUUCUUCGAGGAGCAGUGGCGGCAGUCGAUGCAGCGGAUGGAGCGGGAGCGGCUGGUGCUGGAGCGGGCGUGGAUGGAGCGCGAGGAGCAGAGGAGGAUGCGGGAGGAGGCCAGGGCCGAGAGGAGGGAUCAGCUUCUCACUACCUUGCUGACCAGCCUCUUGCAUGGAGAUCUGUAGGUAGUAGUUGGCUAGGAUUGGCACAGGUUGUAGCAGUUGGCUAGGAUUGUUUUGUUCAUUCAUCUUUACAUGAAAAAUAAUUCUGGGUAUCAGUACAAUUGUUAAGAUCUUAGAGAACCAGGUAGUGGUAUCAGUGGUAUGAUAGAAUAUGCUGUCAUCGGAGGCUUUCUGAAAAUGAUGUAUUUCCUGCUGGAAAUCAUGGAAACCAGCAGCGAAUGGGGAGCAAAACUGAACACAUGUGCAAAUCGGAAUAUAAAUAAAUAUUUCUGC